AUGAAUCGUAAUGAAAUUUCUAGUUUAUUAGAUUUAUCUUCAGAAAGUUCGUUUGACGAUACUGACGAAGAUCCCAACUGGAAUGAUGAAGAUGUGUACAGUAGUUCCGAGGAUGAGUCUUCUGCUUCUCCUGUGAUGCGUGGAGAUGGUAAUGAUUGGAAUAAUGUUAUAGACGAACAACCAAAUUCUAAUGUAAUUUAUAAUCCAAAUAAUGAAUGUGUUGGGAUAAAUGAGGAUAUUGUUGAAACAAUGAUUGACUGUAGCCCUUAUGAUUUUUUUGCAUUAUUUUUUGAUGACGAAGUUUUAAAACUUAUAGUACUCGAGACUAAUCGGUAUGCAAAUGAUAAAAGAAAUUCAUGCAAUCUAUCUCGUAAUGCUCGAAUAAAAAAGUGGAAAGAAACCGAUGUAAAAGAAAUUAAAACUUUUUUCGGUUUAGUUAUAUGGAUGGGAUUGGAUAAAAUGCCUACCAUAGGCCAUUAUUGGAGAAAUACAACGUUAUUUUCGAGCAACAUUCCUCAAUAUAUGUCGAAAAACCGUUUUGAAUUACUACUAAGUGUAUUACAUUUUUCUGAUAAUAAUACAGCUACAUCUUAUAACCGUUUGUAUAAAAUUCAACCACUUAUUGAUUUGCUUGUCUAUAAAUUUAAUGCAGCACUUAUACCUAAUGAUUCAAUGUGUAUUGAUGAGUCAAUGGUUCCGUUUUCGGGACGACUGUUAUUUAGACAAUACAAUGCAUCUAAAAGACAUCGCUGUGGUAUAAAAAUUUUUAAAUUGUGCACUACUGAUUUUUAUACUUCAAAAUAUAAAAUUUAUAGUGGAAAAGAAGCUUCCGACAAUACUUCAGUUGCUACUAAAGUGGUGUUUGAACUAUUAUCGGACUACUUAGAUUUUGGACGAACUUUAUUUGCCGAUAAUUGGUACAACAGUAUAGACCUUGCUGAAAAAUUAUUGGAUAGAAAUACUCAUUUGGUGGGAACUUUACGAAAAAACAGAAAACGGAUUCCAAAAGAAAUAGUGACAACAAAAUUGAAAAGAGGUGAAAUGAUAGCUAAACAGAAUGGCCUUGGUGUAACAGUUCUAAAAUGGAAAGAUAGAAGAGAUGUUCUCAUGAUUUCAACUAAACAUGGUAAUUCAAUAAACGAAGUUCAAAUGAAACGUGGAAAAAAAAUAAAACCUAAUGUGAUUAUUGAUUAUAACCGUGGCAAAGGAUUGAUUGAUGUAAGUGAUCAGAUAGGUGCUUACCACAACUGUUUGCGUAAAGGAGUAAAAUGGUAUCGUAAAGUAGCCUUUGACAUAAUAUGUAAUACAGCAGUAGUAAAUGCAUUUAGUCUUUACAAAGCAGUCACCAAUAACAACAAAUCUAUUACACAAUUUAGAGAAGACAUUGCUCUCGACAUGGUUAAAAAAAAAGAGGUCAACUUGCAACAAACAUCUACAAUUAUACCACACCAUACUUUAGUCAAAGAUAAAAAAAGGGCAAGAUGCUAUGGAUGUUACAGGCAAUGUUGCCGUGAAGAAGGCACGAUCAAUGCAAGAAAAAAAGCAAAACGUGUACACACAAAAUGUGAAGUAUGUGAAAGAUAUUAUUGUCUACAAUGCUUUUCAACGAACCAUAAUAUUAAAGUAAAAUAA